CUGGGUAAUCCAUUGUUCGAACAUUUGCCCAAGGAAUAUCUGGAGCCGAAUGAAGUUUCCGCCUGUUCAGAAGCUAUCGACAAACUGUUUAAUUCUUUGAAACACAACGUCUCGCUGUCGUCGGAUACCCGUAAGCCUGGACCAAAACGAUUGACUGAACGUUCCUCAGAGAAAACCCACGGAGAGUUGGGUGAAAUUUGUUCACAGGCUCGAAUUUGUGGUAAAGUGCUUUGUUCCUUAAAGACUGCUCAAGCUCUCCCCGUCGCCCCUUCCUUGCAGGCGGAAGCGGUGGCAUUAGCUGUUGAACUGGACCAUUUGCUUUCUAUAUAUUCCAACUUGUCAACAGAACACGACAGUCUUUUACGACAUUGGCGCACAAUUUUGAAUUCUUCAUCGUCUGCAACCGGCGAUUCCGGUUCACGAAGCACCAAUGGAAACAAUGGCACGGAACGCCCUUUUGCGCUUAUGGACUUAACCGAAAUGGUUACGGUGGCAGUAAACCACAUGGCUUUCGUUCAACUACUGCGGAAUACGAAACGUACACGCGUGAAUAGUGACGCUGGAAAGCUUGAAUUUGUAGGCGUGGCCACUGCGGAUGCAAAAGGUAUGUGCCAGCUUUAUCGAUCGCUCAAGGACAAGGACAAAGAAAAGACCGCAACGUGA